AUGUUAUUUAAAACACGAGAAUGGUACUCAACUGGCGAUAACUCAUUUCCAAUCUUUAUAUGGCUCACUGAUAUCAACGACGACAACAGAUCCGAUAUAAUUGUGGCUAAUCAAAAUGCAGACAAUAUUAGUGUUUUCGUCAACAUUCAAGGUACUAAUUUUCGUGAACGAAUAACUUACUCAACUGGACUUGCAUCACGUCCGCAAUAUAUAUCAGUCGUAGACGUCAAUGAUGAUGACAAGCCAGAUAUUAUUGUUGCAAACAAUGGAGGACAUAAUGUUGGUGUUUUGCUCAAUAAUGGUUCUGGUCAGUUUCACGCCAUACAAAUUUAUUACACUGGGUCCGAAACAUAUCCACCAGCAGUUGCAGUGGCUGAUGUUAAUAGCGAUAAAAAACCCGAUAUUAUCGUGACAAACCAAAAUAAGAACACUAUCGGUGUUUUCCUAAACGAUGGUCAUGGGCAAUUUCCGCAUCACAAACAUUUCUCGGUUCCGUAUGGUUACGGCGUGACGUGUCCGCAAGUAGUGGAUGUCAAUGGCGAUACUCAUCCUGAUAUUAUUGUCGCGAACUCUGGCGGAGCUAGUCUUGGUAUUUUCUUUAAUUCCGGCAAUGGAACAUUUACUAAUUGGACAACAUUUUCAACUGGAAUAGAUUCGCAACCAAGACCUGUAUUUGUGGUUGAUGUGAACGGUGAUAAUAAACCUGAUCUUAUUGUGGGUAACUUUAAAGCGAGCAAUGUUGGAGUUUUUCUCAAUGUUGGCAAUGGUAAAUUUCUUAAUCAGACAAUAUAUUCAACUGGACGCGAUUCACAACCACGAUCGGUGUUUGUAGUUGAUAUAAACUGCGACAAAUUACCUGACAUUAUCGUUGCCAACUCUAAUGGAAGGAACAUUGGUAUUUUUCUCAAUUUUGGUGAUGGUAAAUUUCAGCCUCAAAUGACGUAUGCAACAGGAGUUUCCACAGAACCGCGUUCUGUAGUAGUGGGAGACGUCAAUGGCGACAACAAAUUGGACAUUAUUUUUUCGGAUGCUGCUAAUGAUCAGAUUGUUAUCUUAAUACGUUCUUGA